GAGAAACUCGGCAAGCCCAACAACGGCAAGAUGCGCGUGCACAAGAUCGAGAACGUCAACAAGUCGCUGGCCUUCCUGCACACGAAGGUGCGACUGGAGAGCAUAGGUGCUGAGGAUAUCGUGGACGGCAACCCUCGCCUGAUCCUGGGCCUCAUCUGGACCAUCAUUCUACGCUUCCAGAUCGAAGUCAUCGACAUCGACAUCGAUGAGACGAACGAGUCGAGCGAGAAGAAGUCGGCCAAGGACGCGCUGCUGCUCUGGUGCCAGCGGAAGACGGCCGGCUACAAGGGCGUUCAGAUCAACGACUUCUCCUCGUCCUGGAGGAGCGGCAUGGGCUUCAACGCGCUGAUCCACGCCCACCGGCCGGACCUGAUUGACUACGACGCCCUUCAGCCGGGACGCCACCUGGACAACCUGAACAACGCGUUCGAGUGGCCCAGAAGGACUUGGGCAUCCACCGGCUUGCUGGACGCCGAGGACAUUGAUGUCAACAAGCCUGACGAGAAGUCCGUGAUGACGUAUGUGGCGUCGUACUACCACACCUUCGCCAAGAUGAAGUCGGAGAUCAAGGGCGGCAAGAGGAUCGCCAACCUGGUGGGUCAGAUGAUGGAGGUGGACCGACUGCAGGAGCGCUACAUCGUGCUCACCUCCGCGCUGCUCGAGUGGAUCCAGCUCAAGAUCACGGUGCUGGAGGACAGGGAGUUCCCCAACUCACUCGAGGGCAUCCAGAAGGAGCUGCUCAAGUUCAAAAGCUACCGAACAGAGGAGAAACCGCCCAAGUUCCGGGAGCGGAGCGAGAUCGAAGCGCUCUUCUUCGACAUCAACACCAAGCUGAAGGCGCUCAACAAGCCGGCCUUCUCGCCGCCUGAGGGUCGGCUGAUCCACGACAUCGAGAAGACGUGGACGCAGCUGGACAAGGCCGAGCACGCGCGCGAGGUGGCGCUGCGCGCCGAGCUGCAGCGUCAGGAGAGGCUUGAGCAGCUCGCCUACAAGUUCGAGAGGAAGGGCGUACUGCGCGAAGGCUACCUGAAGGAGAUGAUUCAGGUGCUGUCCGACCCGCGCUACGGCAGCAACGUCACACAGGUGGAGGCCACCGUGAAGAAGCACGAGGCCAUCAGCGCCGACAUCCUGGCUAGGAGGGAGCGGUUCGCCGACCUGGUCAGCAUGGCCGACGAGCUGGAGCGGGAGGGCUACCACGGCGCGGCGCGGGUGCGCAGCCGCGAGCAGCAGGUCACCAAUAGGUGGCAGCACCUGCUGCAGCUGCUUGACAAGCACAAGCAGACGCUGUCCAGCUUCUCUAGCUUGAUGACGAUCCUGCGGGAGAUCGACACGGUGACGACCACCAUCCGCGACAUGGAGAGUCAGGUGCAGUCGGAGGCGGCGGCCGGUCACUUGCUGGCUGUCGAGGACCUGAUCCAGAAGCACAGCCUGAUGGAGUCGCAGAUCUCCAGCAUCGGCGAGACCAUCCAGCGGCUCAACAAGCAGGCCAACCAGUUCAUCGCCGCCGGACAUAAGGAGACGCCCGCGCUCCAGAAGAGGCUGCAGACGCUCAACGACGAGUACAAACACCUAGUGGACGAGAGCGGCCGACGCAGCGAGCGGCUCGACGAGUGGCGCAGCUAUCUGCAGUUCGUGCAGGACUGCGAGGACGAGGAGGCCUGGCUGGUGGAGAAGCAGCGCAUCUGCACGGCCGGCAUCACCGCCAAGGACCUGCGUGCCGUGCUCGCCAUGCAUCAGAAGCACAAGGCGCUGGAGGACGAGAUGCGGGUACGGCGGCCCAAGACCGACAAGAUCUGCCGAGCCGGCGAGCAGCUGACUGAGGCCAAGCACCCGCAGAGCGCCGACAUCCACGCCAGGAUCGUGAGUCUGAAGCAGAAGUACGCCGAGCUGGAGGAGCUGGCCGCCCAGCGGCGCCGACAGCUGGCCGAGGCCGCCGAGGCCUACCAGUUCUACUCGGACGCCAACGAGGCCGAGUCGUGGCUGAAGGAGAAGAGGCCGCUGGUGGCGUCGGCCGACUGUGGCUCCGACGAGCCCAGCGCUGCCUCGCUGCUCGCCCGGCACAAGGACACGGUGGGCGAGAUCAACGCGUACCGCGACGACAUCACGGCGCUGGCGGCGCAGGCCGAUAAGCUGCAGAAGGCCGGCAUCACCUCCCUCAGCCUGUCCGGGGCACCCGAGCUGGCCGAGGUGGAGGAGUGGAGCCAGGAGACGCGGCUCGUGCCCAAGGAGGUGUGGGAGGACGAGCCGGUGGAGCGCACCGAGCACCGCAUCGUCACCGAGGAGCGCAAGAUCCCGCAGGUCAAGGCGCUCUACCCCUUCCAGGGCCAGGACAUGCAGAUGGCCAAGGGCGAGGUGAUGUUCCUGCUGAGUCGGACCAAUACGGACUGGUGGAACGUGCGCAAGGCCAACGGACAGGACGGCUUCGUGCCGGCCAACUAUGUCAAGGAAGUCGAGCCCAAGCUGGUCACCAUGAAGGUGAAGAAGGCUGAGGUGGUACGUGAUGUCAAGAAGGUCAAGAAGACCAAGAUGGUGCGGCAGACGGUGCCGGUGAAGCGCACCAGGCCGGCAGAGCCGCGCGAUGACCAGCUCAUCUCGCGCCGCGUGUCGACCAUCGAGUCGUCGUACGCCGAGCUGGGCCGGCUGGCCGACCAGCGCCAGACGCUGCUGCAGGACGCCAUCCGACUCUUCCAGUUCAACCGCGAGUGCAACGACUUCGAGGUCUGGAUGCGCGACAAGGAGAAGUUCCUCAAAACGGACGAGCCCGCGCAGACAGUGGAGGCGGCGAAGCACGCCUUCGAGAAAUUCCUAACCGAUAUGGUGGCAGCUUCGAAGCGCAUUGACACCAUCGACGAGAUGGUCGCAGAGUUUGUCAAGGAGAAGAACACCCAGAUCGACAAGGUGAAGCAGCGGCAGCGGCAGAUCCACAGUCUCUGGGACCACCUGAACCGGCUGAAGCAGCAGAAGGAGCGCAGUCUAGAGGGUGCUUCCAGUGUGGAGCUGUUCGGCCGCACGUGCGAGGAGGCCUCCGAUUGGAUGAUGGAGAAGAUGGACAAGAUGGAGACGGAGUCGCUGGGCGCCGACCUCAAGACGAUCCAGGCGCUGCAGCGUCGCCAUGACAACCUGGAGCGCGAGCUGGCGCCCAUCGAGGAGAAGGUCAAACGGGUGGCCGCGCUCGCCAGCUCAGUGAAGGCCUCCUACCCGCACGAGCUGGCCAACGUGACGACGCGCCAGAAGGAGGUGAACUCGCUGUGGGACAAGGUGCGGGAGAAGGCGACGCAGCGGCGCUUGCGGCUCGAGGACGCCGUCGGCACGCAGAUCUUCAUCAACCAGGCGCAGAAUCUGCUGUCGUGGGUGGACGAGGUGAAGGCGACACUGAACGCCAGCGGUCCGGCCACCGACGUCCACACGGCCGAGGCGCUGCUCAAGGCGCACCAGGACCUGGGCGACGACGUGCGCGCCCACCAGGACGAGUUCGCCGAGCUUACCGAGCUCGGCACCAAGCUGCUGAAGAAGAGCGGCGGCGACACCAAGCAGGUCAAGGAGCUGGCGGUGCGGCUGCAGGAGGAGCAGCGAGCCAUCCACAGGGGCUGGCAGGAGAAGGACGCCUGGCUGCACCAGCUGCGCGACCUGCAGGUCUUCAACCGCGAGGCUGACCAAAUGGAUGCCAUCACCAGCGGACACCAGAAGUUCAUGGAGCUCACAGACCUCGGUGACUCGUUGGACGCCGUGGAGGGCCUCAUCAAGCGUCAUGACGAUUUUGAGAAUACGCUGGCGGCCCAGGACGAGCGGCUGAGAGCGUUCAGCGACACCGCCGACCGGCUGGUGGCCGCCAGACACUACGACAGCAACAGCAUCUCCGAACGGCGGGACCAGGUGCUGGCGCGCCGGCAGCAGACGCGGCAGCGGGCCACCGAGCGGCAUCAGCAGCUGCUGGCCGCCCAGGCCUUCUACGAGUUCCUGGCCGACUGCGACGAGCUGCGAGGCUGGAUCGGCGACAAGGCCCGCUCCGCCGCCGACGACAACUACCGCGACCUCAGCAACCUCGAGCGCAAGCUGCAGCGCCACGAGGCGUUCGAGCGCGAGCUGCGCGCCAACGAGGGCCGCCUGAGGAAGCUCAACAAGGUGGGCCAGGAGCUAGUCUCGCACGACCACUACCAGACGCCGGCGAUCCAGAGCACGCUGACGGGCCUGAACGCCGACUGGGAAGAGCUGUGCCGGCUGACGGCCGAGCGCGGCGCCAACCUGCGCCAGGCGGCCGCCCUGCACGGCUACAACCGCACGCUGGACGGCGCGCGCGCCAAACUCGACGAACUGAGCAAGGCGCUGCAGUCGCAGGACCUGGGCACCGACCUGCGCAGCUGCAAACAACAGCUGAAGAAGCACCAGGCGCUGGAGCUGGAGAUCGGACUGUUCGAGUCGAAGAUCGCUGAGCUCGUCAGCUGCGGCCAGGAGAUGGCGCAGGAGGGACACUUCGACGCAGAGAACAUCGUGGCCCAGUGCAACGCGUCCAAGGACAGGUUCGCCGAGCUGAAGGGGCCGAUGGCGGCCCGGCGGCGGGCGCUGGAGGAGGCGCUGCGCUACCACGAGUUUGCCGCCAGCCUGGACGCCGAACUCCAGUGGAUCGCCGAACACCAGCCGGCCGCCAGCUCCGAGGCGCUGGGGCUGACGCUGCACGAGGCCCAGAGUCUCUCCAAGAAGCACGCCAAGCUGGAGGCCGAGCUGCGCGGACACCGGCCCGUCAUCGAGAAGGCCGUGCAGACGGGGGCCGCCCUGGCCGCCGAGAAGCGGCCCAACGCUGACGAGAUCCUGGAACGGUGUCGGGAGCUGCAGACGGCCUGGGAUAACCUGAGGUCGUCUGCUGACCGGCGCGCCAGCCGGCUGGAGCUAAAUCUGGCGGCACAGCAGUUCUUCGCCGAGGCGGACGAGGUGGAGAGCUGGAUGGCGGAGAAAACGAACGUGUUAACCGGAGCCGACUUCGGCAAGGACGAGGACGCUGCCGUCAAGCUGCUCACCAAGCACAAGGCUCUGGAGCUGGAGCUGGACUCGUACGCCGGCCUCGUCAAAGAGAUGAGCUCGGUGGCCGACACCAUGGUCAAGUCCAGUCACCCGGACGCCAAGAUGAUCCAGCAGCGCCAGCACCUCAUCAACCAGCAGCUGAAGGACACGCAGCGGCUGGCCACCCAGCGCCGCCAGCGGCUCGUCGACAGCAAACACCGGCACGAGUACUUCCGGGAGAGCGACGACCUGGAGCGCUGGAUCGCCGACCAGCUGCAGGCGGCUGCCAGCGACGACUACGGCCAGGACUACGAACACCUGCUGAUCCUGCGCAACAAGUUUGAGGAUCUGAAGCACCGCGUGGAGGCGGGCUCAGAGCGCUUCAAUCAGUGUGACGAGCUGGCCAGGAAGCUGAUCGCCAGCGAGAACCCGUACGCAGCGGACAUGGACCGGCGCCAGGACCAGCUGAGGCCCGGCCAGAGCCAGGACGCCACAGAUGUGGCCAAACGUCACGCGGUGAUCAGAGGCCAGUGGGUGCAGCUGCUGGAGGUGCUGGACGCCCGAGAUGAGAAGCUGACGGCGGCCGGCGAGCUGCACAGGUUCAACCGGGACGUGGCCGAGUCGCUGCAGCGGAUACAGGAGAAGUACGCCCAGAUUCCGGACGACCUGGGCCGCAGCCUGCAGGCGGUGCACGCGCUCAUCCGGCGGCACGAGGGCUUCGAGAACGACCUGGUGGCGCUCGAGGCUCAGCUGCAGGUGCUGGUGGACGACUCGGCCCAGCUGCAGGAAUCGUACCCGACCAACGCCGAGCACAUCGCCGAGCAGCAGCAGCUGGUCGUCGGCAGCUGGGACCAGCUGCAUCAGCGCGCCGCUCAGCGCAAGGAGGAGCUGCAGGCCAGCCUCGAGCUGCAGCGUUUCCUCACACAGAGCCGGGACCUGAUGACGUGGGCGGCCGACCUGCGCGCCGGCAUGCUGACCGAGGAGGCCGUGCGCGACGCGGCCAGCGCGCAGGCGCUCAAGACGGAGCACGACCGGCUCAAGGCCGAGGUGGAGGCGCGCGAGGAGAGCUUCACGGCGCUCGUGCAGAUGGCCGAGACCAUGAUCCAGGACGGACACUACGCCUCCCAGGAGGUGCAGGAGAAGCUGGAGCAGGUGCUGGAGGAGCGGAAGAAGCUGCACAGCGCCUGGCAGCAGCGUAAGAUCUACCUGGACCAACUGAUCGACUACCACUUCUUCCUGCGAGACGCCAAACACCUUGACUCGGCCAGCAGUCAACAGGAGGCGGCGCUGUCUAAGGCCGAGUUCGGCACGACCGUGGACUCGGUGGAGGCGGAGGUGCGCCGGCAGGAGGCGCUCGACCGGCUGGUGGGCGUGCAGAACGACCGCCUGUCUCAGCUGUCCGAGCACGGCAGCAAGCUGCUGCAGCAGAACCACUUCCGCAGCCCCGAGAUCAAGCAACGACUGGACGAGUGCGUGGUGCGGCGGCAGAAGGUCAGUGACCUGGCGUCGGAGCGACGGCGCGGCCUUAACGACUCCCUGCUGCACGCCCAGUUUCUGCGCGACUGCGCCGAGGCCGAGACUUGGAUCGGCGACAAGAAGAAGGCGCUGGAGCUGGAGCGGGUCGGCAGCGACGUCACCAGCCUCGAGGAGAAGAUCAAGAAGCUGCAGAAGCACCAGGCGUUCCAGGCCGAGCUGUCCGCCAACCAGCCGCGCAUCGCCGAGAUCAAGGACAAAGGCGAGACCCUGCUGCAGCAGCGGCACCUGAGCUCGCGGGAGAUCCGCCAGCAGCUGGAGGCGCUGCUGGCCUCCUGGCAGCAGCUGCUGGCUGAGAGCGUCUCGCGCGGUCGCGGCCUGGAGGAGGCGCAGGACAUCCUCGACUUCAACAACCAGGUCGAGAAGGUGGAGGCCUGGAUCCGAGACAAGGACAUGCUGGUGCAGGCGGCUGAGACCGGCCGCGACUACGAGCACUGCCAGGCGCUGCAGCGGCGCCUGGACGACGUCGACUCGGACAUGCGCGUUGACGACGUGCGCAUGAAGAACAUGAACGCGCUGGCCGACAAGCUGAUCCGCCAGGGGCAGGGCGACAACCGCGCCGUCCAGCAGAAACGGGACGAGCUUAAUCAGAGGUGGAGGUCGCUGCAGGGCGCGCUCUCCGCCUACCGGGAUCAGCUGUCGGCGGCGCUCGAGGUGCACGCCUUCAACCGGGACCUGGCCGACACGGCCGAGCGUGUCCAGGAGAAGGCGCUCUCGCUCUCCUCCGAGGACACGGGCAACGACCUCGGCUCGGUGGAGUCGCUGCAGCGCAAGCAGGAGGCGGCCGAGCGGGACAUGAGCGCCAUCGAGGGCAAACUCAAGGAGCACGACGUCGAGGCGCGCCGGCUGAUGCAGAAGUACCCGGACCGGGCGGCGCCGAUCCGCGCCCGCCUGCAGGUGGUGCAGGACAGCUGGCGCCGCCUGCAGGCCAGCUGCGACAACCGACGCACCCUGCUCGCCUCCUCCUACACGCUGCAGAAGUUCAACGCCGAUCGGCGCGAGCUCGAGACGUGGGUCGGCGACAUGAUGAACCGCAUGGCCGAGAGCGGCGACGGCGGCGGCGCUGAGCAGGCCGAGCAGCUGCUGCAGCUGCACCAGGAACGUAAGGCCGAAAUGGACGGACGCCAGGAAGCCUUCAAACAGCUGAAGGACUUUGGCCACAAGCUGGUGCAGCAGCAGCACUACGCCCGUGACGAGGUGGAGUCGUCGCUGGCGCACCUGGAGGAGCUGCGGCGCACGCUCGGCGCCAGCUGGGAGGAGCGGCGCCACCGGCUGACGCAGGCGCACCAGCGCCAGCUGUUCGACCGGCAGGCGCAGCAGGCACACGCCUGGCUCGCCGCCAAGGAGGCGUUCCUCAACAACGACGACCUCGGGGACUCCAUCGCCAGCGUAGAGGCGCUCAUCAAGAAGCACAGGAGCUUCGAGAAGACGUUCGCGGCGCAGGCCAGCCGCGUCGACGAGCUAGAGCACUCGGCCGUGCAGCUGGUGGCCGGCAAACACUGCGACUCAGAGAGCAUACAGCAGACGCUGCAGGCCGUCUGCCAGCGCAGGGACCGGAUCAAGGAGGCGUCGCUGGUGCGCGGCCAGCGGUUGGCCGAGUCGCUCCAGCUGCAGCGCUUCCUGCGCAACAUCUACGAGUCGGAGACCUGGCUGGGCGAGAAGAUGCAGGUGGCGUGCGACGAGUCCUACCGCGACCCCUCCAACCUGCAGUCCAAGAUCCAGAAGCACCAGGCGUUUGAGGCCGAGCUGCACGCCAACGCCGGCCGCGUGCUCGCCGUUAACCAGGAGGGCGAGGCGCUGAUGACGGCCGGCCAUUACGCCGGCAUGGAGAUCCAGGCGCGACUGGACGCGCUGGAGGCGCUCUGGCGCCAACUGCAAGACGAGACCACGCUCAAGAAGAAGCGACUCCAGGAGGCUUACCAGGCGCUGCUGUUCCUGCGCACUCUGGACGAGCUGGACGCCUGGAUGGACGAGGCGGAGGCGCAGCUGGCCUCCGAGGACCACGGUGACUCGCUGACAGCCGUCACCAACCUGCUGAAGCGACACCAGCUGCUGGAGGCUGACAUCCACGCACACGGUGAUGCCGUUCAGCAGGCCAAGGAGACGGCUGCCCAGUUCGGCCGCUCGCAGCACUUCCAGCGCGAGGAGAUCGCCGAGCGGGCCGGCCAGGUGGCGCAGCGCUUCUCGGGGCUGGCCGAGCCGCUGCAGAUCCGGCGCGACAACCUGGAGGAGGCGCUCCAGCUGCACCAGUUCAUCAGAGACGUGGAGGACGAGAUGAGCUGGCUGGCGGAGAAGGAGCCGAUGGUCACGUCCGCCGACCUGGGCACUUCGCUGGCCCAGGUGCAGAGCCUGCAGAAGAACCACCAGGCGCUGGAGGCCGAGAUCCAGUCGCACGACCCCGUGAUCGCGGCGCUGGGCAGCGCAGCCCAGCAGAUGAUACGCGCCAACCACUUCGCGGCCGGCGAGGUGGAGCGCCGCUGGCGGCUGCUGCAGGAGCGGCACGGCCAGCUCCGCGACGCGGCCAGCGUGCGCCGGCUCCGGCUGCUGGACGCGGCCGAGUCGCAGCAGUUCUACGCCGAGGCCGAGGAGGCGGACAAGUGGAUGAGGGAGCGGAAGCCGCUGCUGACCUCGCAGGACACGGGCAGGGACCGCGAUGCCGUCACGUCGCUCAUCAAGAAACUGGACCUGAUCGAGCGCGACAUCUCAAACUAUAACCAGGUGAUCGCCAAGCUGUCGCAGCUGUGCCAGCGGCUGUCGGACCGCGGCCACUUCGACGCCGAGCCGGUGUCGGCGCGCCGCGCGGAGCUGGAGCAGCAGUACGCCGAGCUGGUGGCGCUGCUGGAGACGCGUCGUCAGCUGCUGCAGCAGAGCCAGCGGCUCUUCCGCUUCCUGGCCGAGGCGGACGAGGCGGCCGACUGGGUGUCAGGCCAGAUGCAGGCGGCCGCGUCGGAGGACUACGGACGCGACGUCGAGCACGUGGAGCUGCUGAUCAACAAGUUCGAGACGUUCCUGAGCGGGCUGCAGUCGAGCGAGGAGCGCGUGACGUCCGUGGAGGAGAGCGCCCGUCAGCUGGUGGCCGCCGAGCACCCGCAGCCGGAGCGGGUGCUGCAGAGGGCGGCCGACCUGCGCCAGAUGUGGGACGACCUGCGCGAGCUGACUCAGGCCCGCCAGGAGGCUCUGCUGGGCGCCAAGCAGGUCCACGUGUUCGACCGGGACGCGGACGAGACGAUCGGCUGGAUCGCGGAGAAGGAGGCUGCCCUCUCCACAGACGACUACGGCCACGACCUGGACUCGAUCCAGGCGCUGGUGCGCCGGCACCAGGGCUUCGAGCGGGACCUGGCCGCCGUCAAGGAGCAGGUGGAGCAAGUAGUGGCGGAAGCCAAGCGUCUGGCGGCGCAGUUCCCGGACGCGCGCGACCACAUCAGCGUCAAGCACGAGGACACGGUGCAGGCGUGGAACGACCUGCUGGACAAGUCGGCCCAGAGGAAGGACAAGCUCGAGCAGGCUGCUGACAUCCAGGCCUACUUUGACGAGUACAGGGAUCUCAUGGCUUGGAUCAACGAGCUGCUGGCCAAGAUCACGGCCCCGGAGCUGGCGCGGGACGUGGCCGGCGCCGAGGCCCUGCUCGGCCGGCACGCCGAGUACCAGGCCGAGCUGCAGACGCGACAGGACGCCGUGGACGCGUUCAUCGCCCGCGGCCGGGAGCUCGUCAUGAGCGGCCACUUCAUGGCCAACGACAUCCAGGAGAAGGUGUCGGUGCUCGGCGCCCGGCGUGACCUGCUCGGCCAGACUUGGAACGACCGCAACGACAUCUACAAUCAGAGUCUGGACACACAGAUGUUCAAGCGGGACGCGGCGCAGCUGGAGUCGUGGCUCUCGAGCCGGGAGCCGGUGCUGACGGACCCAGCCGUCGGCAGUAGCAUCGGCGAGGUCGAGGAGCUCAUUCGCCGCCACGACGACUUCCUCAAGACCAUCGAGUCGCAGGAGGACAAGUUCGACGCGCUCAAGCGCACCACGCUGCUGGAGGAGGCGUUCGCGCGCAUGCGCCGUCGGGAGGAGGAGGCGCGCGUGGCCGAGCAGAAGCGGCGCGAAGAGGAGCGGCUGCGCCAGAUCCGCCAGCAAGAGGUGGACCGCAUCACCAAGGAGCGGCGCGGUCUGGAGCUGGAGCACGAGUCCGGCGACGCCAGCCCCAGCCCCGCGGCCGACGACCGACAGCCGGGCCGGCUCGUUCACUCCGCCUCGUUUCCAGACGUUUCUGAGAGGGUGCUCCUCAAGAAUCCCAUGCUAACGGAGAAGAAGAUGGGCAGCCAGUCGAGUCUUUCUAGUCUGAAGCGAGGCGAUGUGAAGCGGGCCGAGAGCAUGAAGACGGAGAACAAGAAGGCCAAGCGGACGCCCAGCUUCACCACGCGGCGUCGCACGCAGAGCUUCCGCAAGGUCAAGAAGCUGGAGGAGGUGCAGAACCUGCCGCCAGUCGAGGUGGACGGCGUGCUGGAGCGCAAGCAAGAGCUGCAGAGCGGUGGCAAGAAGGCCACAAUCCGCAGCUGGAAGACCUACUACACAGUGCUGUGCGGCCAGCUGCUCUGCUUCUUCAAGGACGUGGACGACUUCGCCAACAGCAAGGCGGCGGCGUCGCCGCUGAUCCUCUUCCAGGCCCGCUGCGAGCGAGCGGUCAACUACACCAAGAAGAAGAAUGUGUUUCGCGUGUCGCCAACAGAUGGCUCUGAGUACCUGUUUGCGACGGAGAGCGAGGAGCAGCUGCAGGAGUGGAUCAACAAGAUCGACUUCCACGCCCAGCUGCCGCCGUCGAAGCAGCUGCUCAGCUACGACCAGCAGACGGCCGAAGCCGACUCGGAGUCGAGCCGCGAGACGUCGCCGGAGCCGGUGAGCCGCCGGCCGGCGCAUCCGGAGCCCGUCUACGCCAACCUGCCGGCGCCCCAGCAGCGGACAGCGCAGACGGAGCAGACCGGGCCGCCCAUACCGCCGCGGGACUCGGUCAGCCCGCCCACCCCGCGCGCCGCCGCCGGGGAGGGGCCCAUCUACCAGAACCGCGUCUCGGUCAUCCCAUCCAUCGAGGAGGAAAUGCACGGGCGCGAGGAGAGGAACGGCAUCCGCCGGCACUCCUCCGACUCGCGCCACCCCCACGGGGACGAGUCUGCGCCUCCGCCGCUGCCCAGCUCGGCGCCGCCGCCGUCGGCCACCCACCGACUGCACGGCCUGUCAGCCGUCGACGGAGGGGGUGACCCGAGGUCACGUCAGGCGCCGGGCGAGACCACGCUGGCGACGGGUCCAGCGCCGGCGCCGUACGCCGGCCGGACGGCCUCGCUACCCUACGGCCAGCAGCCCUCGCCGUCCGGCAGCAAUAGGUCGGCCACCAUGGACCAGAGGAAUGGCAGCGAGAGCGGUAGCGAGCACGAGGAUCGGCGCAUCGCCAAGCGCGGCUCUGUGUUCGGGUUCCUGCGCAGGAACAAAAAGGACAAGCAGCCGGCCCAAGUGUAGGCAGUCCCGGCGCCAACGCGCAUGCGCAAACGGGAGUCGGCAGCGCCGCCCGCACGUGUAUUCGAAAGUGCAAAUCAGUGCUGGAGGGAGUGAUUGUCCUCAACGUUUAGUUACUCAGCUGUGGAGGCAAAGCAUGGAGAUGAACGUGCUAUUUAAUGUUACGCUCUAGUUUACGCGCGUUAAGCUAUGUUUUAUCGUCGUUUCCGGCUUGAAUAGAAUUGCUUGCAUAAGCGCAUUAUUUUGGGUUUGCACCGCAAGUGCCGAUUUCCAUUUGAUGUUGAAUGGAUGAUCAUAUGCUGGUGUUGCAGCUGUGGCUGGCGUGUGUCUGCGAUGUCCAUGAGUACCAAAUACCUGAAGAUUGCUAGAGGCAUCUAGAUAUUUAAUUUCAGUUAUUCCGUCUUGCACAGUGCCUUCAACUUUGUACAAUUAUGCGAUUAGUCGAUUUUCGUUUCGCCUUCCACAAUAAAUGACUACAGUU